UUUGCAUGAUAAACCCGACAUGGUUCAAACCUCCUCUGUGCAGGGAAAUGAUCUCGCCCAGUAGUAUUUUAAAGAGAUUAAAUGUGCCCGUUGGUGCAGUUUUUCCCUGGACGCAGAAUGGAUAGAAUGCUCGUGUGCCUUCUUCUUGCUGGGAUGGUGGGAGCAGAGGUGCAGGAAAUCCUUUCACCAGAGUGUAAGCAGUUCCUGUACAUGGGGACGCUGCCACGGGGACUCGAGGAGCAGCCGUUCAAGAAGAUCUGUCAGUUCUACGCUGGCAAACCGCGGUUCAUCACUCUCUAUGACACCUUCAGCCGCAUCCCUGUUUACUCGGCCUACACCUUCAAACGCUCUGACGGCUUCAAGAAGGUCGACGUGCCGUGGAUGUAUGAACCACAGCUGUCCAUGAAGUCUGACUCCAGAGAGAUGCAGCACUUCCCUUCAGACAACCAUCACCGCAGCUUUGAGGACUCUCAGGCUGUGCUGGAAGACUACUCCAACAGUGUGAUCUUCGAACGCGGUCAGCUCAAUCCUGACGAGCACCAGGGCGACCUGGACGACAAGGCCGCCACCUACACGCUGACCAACGUAGUCCCUCAAGUUCGAGAGUUCAACAUCGGCCCCUGGAAAAACCACGAACACACCAUACGUCAGAGGCUGAACAACUACUGCCGGGGCACCGCCUACGUCAUCACCGGGAUCACCACGUCGGGCCACACCAUCCGCCGAGAGAACAUCAACCGCCUGGGCAUUCCCACCUACCUCUGGUCAGCGUACUGCUGCACCAACUUUGACCACAAUGCUCCAUACUCUGAACGCUCAAAGUUCCCCGCGUUUGCGGCUCACGGCCUCAACGACAAGGUUGACAACAGGGUGCAGGAGAUGACGGUGCAGCAGCUGGAGAUCUUCCUGAAGAAGGUCACUUAUGUUGACAGCUCCUUCCAGAUCUUCUACCAGAACUGUGAUCCUGCCACCAACAUGUUAAAUUAGUCCUAAAGUCCGGAGA